UGGCUUCCAGCCCGGUUUGAAGUUCUUGGAGGGCAGAAACGCGCUGAAGCGGCCGCGUGCGUGGGUCCUGCAUUCAUUAAUUCAGCGAAGUCUCGCGGUGUCCACGCAACCUCUCAGACAUCUUGCGUUUGUCAGACCGCUAAGAAUCUGCUACACGCACGAGCAGAAACGCAGCAAAAUCCCAUCCAGCAUUGCUUGAUCGCCAUCACACUUUCACAUGCGGGGCUGAACUGAGUUUGCGCGUUCGAGACACUCGGAGAGGAUCGCGUGCGGCGUUAUUUUCGUAUUGUGCGUCAUUUCUGCAUUUCUGCGAUUCCACCCAGGCAAUAUGGCAACACCCGCCGCUGUAAAUCCAUCGGAAAUGGGCACAGAUCUGCCGGGGCCGGUGGCCAUGCCAGGUGCUGUGGUGGGUGCGGGUCCGGUCAGGAUGGCGGGAGCCAUGCCGGGGCGAGGAGGCAAGCGGAGAUCAGCAGGGAUGGACUUUGAUGACGAGGAUGGCGAGGGACCCAGCAAAUUUUCAAGGUAUGAUGAUGAUCAGAUUCCUGGUGAUAAGGAGCGUUAUGCCAGAGAGAACCACAGUGAGAUUGAGCGUCGCCGGCGUAAUAAGAUGACCCAGUACAUCACAGAGCUGUCGGACAUGGUGCCCACCUGCAGCGCGCUAGCCAGGAAACCAGACAAACUCACCAUCCUGCGCAUGGCCGUCUCACACAUGAAGUCCAUGAGGGGAACGGGGAACACAUCAACUGACGGCGCUUACAAACCUUCGUUCCUGACUGAACAGGAACUGAAGCACUUGAUUCUGGAGGCGGCUGAUGGCUUUCUGUUUGUGGUGGCGGCUGAGACGGGUCGCGUUAUCUAUGUGUCUGAUUCUGUCACUCCCGUUCUGAACCAUCCGCAGUCCGAGUGGUUUGGCAGCACGCUCUUUGAGCAGGUCCAUCCGGAUGAUGUGGACAAACUGAGGGAACAGCUGAGCACAUCUGAGAACUCGAUGACAGGGCGUAUUCUGGACCUGAAGACGGGGACGGUGAAGAAGGAAGGACAGCAGUCCUCUAUGAGAAUGUGUAUGGGCUCCAGACGUUCCUUCAUCUGCAGAAUGAGGUGUGGCAGUGCUCCACUGGAUCAUAUCUCACUGAAUCGGUUGUCCAGCAUGAGAAAGAGAUACAGGAAUGGUCUUGGGCCGUCUAAGGAGGGGGAGGCGCAGUACUCCGUUGUGCACUGUACCGGCUACAUCAAGGCCUGGCCGCCAGCGGGCAUGACCAUUCCGGAUGAAGACACGGAAGCAGGUCAAACCAGCAAAUACUGCUUGGUUGCAAUUGGAAGACUGCAGGUGACCAGCUCUCCAGUUUCCAUGGAUAUGAACGGACUCUCUGUGCCGACGGAGUUCCUUUCCCGCCACAACUCAGAUGGCAUCAUCACUUUUGUGGACCCUCGUUGCAUCAACGUGAUUGGCUACCAGCCUCAGGAUCUUCUUGGCAAAGACAUUUUGGAGUUCUGCCACCCGGAGGACCAGAGCCACCUGCGAGAGAGCUUCCAACAGGUGGUCAAGCUGAAAGGGCAGGUUCUCUCGGUUAUGUACCGCUUCCGGAUGAAGAACCGAGAGUGGAUGCUCAUCAGAACCAGCAGCUUCACCUUCCAGAACCCUUAUUCAGACGAGAUCGAGUACAUCAUCUGCACCAACACCAAUGUCAAGCAGCUUCAGCAGCAACAGCAGGCCGAGCUGGAGGUUCACCAGAGAGACGGACUGACUGCUUACGACCUGUCACAGGUGCCGGUUGCCAGCGUCCCAGCCGGCGUUCACGAUGCGGGCAAAACCAUUGACAAAACCGAUUCACUGUUCUCGCAGGAGAGAGACCCACGCUUCAGCGACAUGUACACGGGCAUCUCUGGAUCUGAUAAGAAGAUGAUGGUGCCGUCCUCCACUGCUGGUGGACAGCAGUUAUACUCUCAAGGCAGCCCGUUCCAGCCUGGACACUCCGGCAAGAGCUUCGGCUCAUCUGUGAUCCACGUCCCAGGAGUCAAUGACAUCCAGUCCACAGCCGGUUCAGCUGGACAGAACCUGACCCAGAUCUCCCGGCAGAUCAACGCCGGCCAGGUGUCCUGGACAGGAAGCAGACCUCCUUUCUCCAGCCAGCAGAUUCCCACUCAGUCCAGUAAAGCCCAGUCCUCACCAUUCGGCAUGGGCUCCAGUCACAGCUACCAGGCCGACCCGUCCUCUUACAGCCCCCUGUCCAGCCCCGCCACCUCCUCGCCCUCUGGAAACGCCUACUCCAAUCUGGGCAAUCGCAGCAAUGCUUUCGAUGUGUCGGCUGAGAGCAGCCAGAGCGGAGGACAGUUCCAGAGCCGGCCGUCUGAGGUCUGGUCUCAGUGGCAGAGUCAACACCACAGCCAGCAGGGAGGAGACCCACAUCCUCAUCCUCAGUCCAGCCAGACCGAGGUCUUCCAGGAUAUGCUGCCGAUGCCGGGAGAUCCCACCCAAGGAACAACCAAUUACAACAUCGAAGACUUUGCCGACCUCGGCAUGUUCCCGCCGUUCUCUGAGUAAUCGGACACUCAUUUGUUUGAUUGUUUGUUUGUUUUGGUUCGGACUGCAGUAUUUUCAUCUCCCAUGUGACGCGCAUGACGCUGCUGAUACACAUUUCUGCAUUCAGACACACACACACACACACACACACACACACACACACACACACACACACACACACACACACACACACACACACACUUGGCUUGAUCCCUCAUUCACAAACAAAAGAGCAAAAUAAAUAUAUUCCCAGUCUGACGCUCUUCUUCCUCAUUUAACCAUCAUGUGAUGAUUAACUGCUGCCAUUAUCACUAAAACAAAAUGUACUCAAACAUCAUUUUUUAAAUAAAUUUGCAUUUACAGUCAAUUUUGUGAGCAGUUAAAGUGCAAGAUUAUUUAUGCCAAGGCAUAAUUCACUUGUAAUAAAGCAGCAUCAAUAAUAAGCCUAAUUUACAUAGAAAGCAGGCAAAUUAAUGUCUGGGUUUGGGCGAAAUGUGAAUAUGACGCAGAAUUUGGCGUUGAAUUACUGUAUGUUAAAGUUAGGAUUCAGCUAGCAACCUCAAGUCAAGAGUGUUUUCACACACACACACACACACACACACACACACACACACACAUAAAUAUAAUGAAGAGAUUUCCUUUUUUUGAUGUUUUUAUCGUACAGAAGUAUUUUCGCGAUCUUUCGAGAAGCGAAGGAUUUUCUUCACGUGUUGCACCUCAUUUUUCAUUGCCAAACAGCAUCUAGCUGACAAAAAACAAUAUUUUUUACGCUUACCAUGUAAAAUGUAGUCUAUGUAGUGAUGUCUAUAACCUAGCUUAACUAAUAGUAAAUGUAGAUGGAUGUAAAGACAGAAAUAGUAUUUGAUUUGAAUUGAAAAUUUUGUUGCAUUUUUUUUUUUUUUUUUACUUUUCUUAUGAAAACACUAGCAACAAUGUCACUUUGUGAAGUAAUCGACACCAGCCUCAUAUGAGCAGAUGCGGCGUAAAUAUCAAGCAUUUCGCUGUGUUUAUUGUAAUCUUUGUGGCAGCUGCGAUUCUUACUAUUAACUUUUGGACUAAUAACAUGGAAAUUUGAUCGUGCCACAACUCUGGACUGAUGGAAAGACCUUGACGUGAAACCUUUUUGGAAAUCAAAUGGAUGUUUAAUGUAAAUAAUGUGAUUUUUAUGUCGGAUCAUGAUUUAUUUCACAUACAGCUAUAUAUACUUGUGUAGGUUUAAUAUCAUUGUGUGCAAUGUGAGUGCAUAUUAAACUCUUGGUACUUAGUUAGCCUGUCCAUUGUACAAUGAGUUUAGGACUGUAUAAAUUGUGUAAAUGUGUUCAGUUAUUUUUGGUGUAACUUUAUGAUGAGAAAUUGUGCUUGUGACAAUAAAUUCUCAUUGAAUAUGUGGAUUUCAAUCAAA